AUGUCAGGAUCAAGUAAUACCACCACCAACAACACCAGUAGCAGCAACAACAACACAUCAAACGGUGGGUUUGCUAAUGUUGCUGACCUCCUGCUCUACCGAGGCCACUUCACCCCAGAGGCACUCUCCCCAUCCCCUCGGUCACCAAUCUCGUCGCCUUUGUCCUCGCCCCUCUCCUCGCCCAGAAGAUACCCCAGCAAUACCCACAAUACCCACCUGCCCCCAUCCUUCGACUUGCUGCCCCCCGCCAUGUCAGCCCAUGGAGCCACACCUGCCCCCUCGGAGGACCACUCAGACAUGGUCAGCCACAAUACAGAUCUGGUCGAUGAGUACGACGACGAAGAAGCUCUAGAGGACCAUCGCUACAACAGGAGACGUCGCUCGCCCCAGAGUCAUAGUCGUGCAACCUCGCCUCAGAGUCAUAGUCGUCCAACCUCGCCCCAGAGUCAUAGUCGUCCAACUUCGCCUCCACUUCCUCCAACAACUGCCACGAUUCUCUCGCAACCUCAAUUCAACUCUCUCUCGGUCAUACCCUCACCCAACUUUUCGUCAUCAUCAUCAUUACGGUCAGAUGGAGGCCUCUCGUCGUCGACUGCCUCGCCUAGUCAGACCAUCGGCAGUGACCGCCACAGUCAUACUCUGUCGCCCUUUUCGUUUUUUUCCCACGGCAGUCAUAGUCCCACCGGAGAGCACCACUCGACAAAGACGCUCAAGAUCGAGCUGACUCAUCCAGAGGUUAUUUUGAUGACUGGACAGACAACGAUGUUGGAGGGUGUUGUCUAUGUGAACCUUCACAAGACCACUAAGGUCAAAGCGCUGAACCUCGAAUUCUCUGGUCGUUCUUCUGUUACUUGGGUCGAUGACAAUGCAUACAGCCCUGCAACCCGCCACCAAACCAACCCUCAUAUUGAACACUCAUGGGCACUCAUCCCUCACCAGCACAAACAACCUGCCAUCCUUCUCCCAGCAGGACAGCACGCCUUCCCAUUCUCGAUGGAGUUGACCGACGACUUGCCCGAGACCUUGACGACAACACAUGGAAAGGUCGCCUACCGUCUCACUGCGAACUUGACAAAACCAGGACUGACCUUCAACUCCUCCACGGUUACCCUCCCCGUCAACGUUCUCCGUCGUCACCCCAUCCAGGCAUCACGAGCAUACCAACGAGGCGGGCGGGCAGUCAGUGCGGCCGAUGACAAAAUCAAGUACAAGAUCAGCAUGCCCCAGACUCGAGUCCCUCACAACACCAAAGUCCCCCUCCAGGUCUCUAUCACCGCCCCUACGCCCAGGACGUUUGUGCAAGUCCUUCAAGUUGGUCUGUGGGAGCGAGUCGUCUAUAGAGCGGAUGGUCGUAAGCGAGUCGAUAUGAGACUGGUCAAGAUCCAAAAGAGUGAGGGGUGGGACCGACCACCAAACCACCAGUCCGACGCAUGGAACUGGAACAAGGUCUUGCUAUUCGACAUGCCUCAGAUGGGACCCGACCAGAACAACUGCAACCCCUCCGCAGACAAUGGACUCAUGAAGGUUACUCACAUCCUGCGAUUCUCCAUUCUGGGGACAGAUGGUAAUAAGCGAUUCCGGGUCGAGAACGAGAUUGAUGUCAAGGUGCUAGCAUUCGAGGACGACUACCAGAUCGAUCCGGAAGAGGCAGGAAACGGCAGCUCAGACGGAGCCGACGGUGAACUCCCCAGCUACUUGACCUCCUUCACGACCCCCCGAGUCUCGUUCGAUUCUGAACGCGAUAUGGAUCCUGGCGAUGAUGACCUUCUCCGCGCCAUGAUCCAACGCAUCCACCUCCCGUCAUACGCAGAGUCAGAGUCAGACGCCAACAGCAGGAACCCCUCUCGGGAUGUCAGUCGAAGCACCAGUCGCGCUGCCAGUCGGGCCCCAAGUCGAGGCACCAGUCCCGAAAGAAGCCAUUCUACCGGCAGUAACGCCUCUUCUCACCAAAAUCAGCUUCACCAAAACCUUCUUCCUCAUCACCUGCACCAUCACUCCCUGCCGCAUAGUCACAGUCCCCUCAGUACCGGCCAUUCCCCUGCCCCAAGCAGUCCUGUCACAGGACCCUCUGCCAUGUCAGUAGAGGUUGGCGCAGGUGAUUCUCAGGAUCAUGGAAUGCUCCCACCGCCAGCAGUGUUCAUAUCUCCUUACUCUACCCGUACCCGCGACUCACCCAGUCCGGAUUACGAGAACCGUCUGGAGAAAGCGCCUCGGUAG